AUGGUCAGGAGAGGGGGGUGGGCUCGGGGCGAGUCCCCGGAACCCAAGCAGCUUAUCCAGGGUCACAGUCAUGGCAGGGGACUUGAUUUCCCCGUGUGCCAUCAGCCCGGGCACCGUGGCUAUGGGCUGGCACCAGGAGCUGAACUCGCUGCUGACGGCUCCCGGUUCUCCACGCCCCGCGGCGCGGGGAAGCUGGGGAAGAAGCGGGCACUGUCCAUCUCCCCGCUGUCCGACUCCAGCAUCGACCUGCAGACCGUGAUCCGCACCUCUCCCAACUCCCUCGUGGCCUUCAUCAACUCCCGCUGUGCCUCGGCCGGGGGCUCCUACGGGCACCUCUCCAUCAGCACCAUCAGCCCGUCCCUGGGGUACCAGAGCCCACCUGGGCAGCAGAAGGGCCAAGGCCACCUGUACACGCCGCCCCCACCCUGCAGCUCCCACGAGCUGCCCCCGCGCCCGGGGCUGCUGCAGCACCCGCCCCGAGGGACCCUGAAACACUGCCAGCAGCUGAAGCUGGAGUGGAGCCUGAGCAGCCCCCUGAGUGCCAAAUUCCCAGAGGAGCGAUCUGAGGGUGACAUCUCCAGCCCAGCAUCCACGGGCACCCAGGACCCCUUGCUGGGCAUGCUGGACGUUCGGGAAGAGCUGGAGAAGGAGGAUGGGAAACCCGAGUGUGAGGCUGUGUAUGAGACCAACUGCUACUGGGACGGCUGUGCCAAGGAGUUUGACACGCAGGAGCAGCUGGUGCACCACAUCAACAACGAGCACAUCCACGGGGAGAAGAAGGAGUUUGUGUGCCACUGGGCAGCGUGUUCCCGGGAGCAGAGGCCCUUCAAGGCCCAGUACAUGCUGGUGGUGCACAUGCGGCGGCACACGGGCGAGAAACCUCACAAGUGCACGUUCGAGGGCUGUAACAAGGCCUAUUCCCGCCUGGAGAACCUCAAGACCCACCUGCGCUCGCACACGGGUGAGAAACCCUACGUGUGUGAGCACGAGGGCUGCAACAAGGCCUUUUCCAACGCCUCCGACCGCGCCAAGCACCAAAACCGCACCCACUCCAACGAGAAGCCGUACGUGUGCAAAAUUCCCGGCUGCACCAAGCGCUACACGGACCCCAGCUCCCUGCGCAAACACGUCAAGACCGUGCACGGCCCCGACGCCCACGUCACCAAAAAGCACCGAGGGGACGUGGGGCCAGGCCGGGCACUGCCCACCCCCAGUGCCCCCCCGGACAUGAAACAGGAGAAGGACGCAAACGGCCCCAGCGAGGCUCGGAAGGACGAUGGGAAACUCCUGGUGCCUGAGCUGGCCUUGAAGCCUCAGCCCAGCCCGGGUGGGCAAUCCUCGUGCAGCAGCGACCACUCGCCCCUGGGCAGCACCACCAACAACGACAGCGGCGUGGAGAUGGCAGGAAACGCCGGCGGCAGCUACGAGGACCUGUCCACGCUGGAGGACGUGGUGCCCGGGGAGCCCAUGGGCACCUCGGGGCUCAUGGCUCUCCACAAACUGGAAAACCUUCGCAUCGACAAACUGAAGCAGCUGAGGAAACCGGCAGCUUCCAAGGGCCUGAACCUGCCGCCCAUCCCCGGAGCCGGCCUGCCCGGGGACGUUCCCGGUCUCCCGGUGCCGCCGCCAGCCUCGCACCGGCGCAUCGCGGAGCUGUCGGCAGCAGAGCUGGGCCUGGUGGCCCUGGGCGAGCGCCGGAGCAGCGGCACCAGCACCGUCAGCUCCGCCUACACCGGGCCCGGGAACCUCCCCCUGUACUACCCGGGCCAGGGGGGCAAAGGUGGGCACAAGCUGCCGGGCCAGGGGGCAGCGAGCUGCGGGGGGAGCGGGCACUACGGCCCGGAGGGACUCAAGGGCACCUCCUGUUACUACCUGGACUCGGGCGAGCAGGUGGCCAACAGCCUGGACUCGCUGGACCUGGAGAACACGCACCUUGACUUCGCUGCCAUCGUGGAGGACGUGGAGACCCCCGCAGCACUGCCCGGACCCCCCAGCCCGGCCGGGGGGCUCCUGCUGCCCUCGGCUGGGGGGGCAAACAUGGCAGUGGGGGAUAUGAGCUCCAUGCUGAGCACGUUGGCAGGGGAGAGCCACUUCCUCAACUCCCUGUCCUAACGGGGGGUACCUGCCCUCAGGUGGGCGCCUCUGUGCCCGGGGGGCGCCUUGGGGAAUCCUCACACGCAGCUUUGUGCCUGGGGGAAGCGGGGAACACCCCUGGAGCCCCCCCUUCUCCAGUCUCGGAGUGUCACCCUCGUGCAGGAGGGGUCCCAGACACUGCCGCGACCCUCCAGGUGACCUCUGGCGUGGGGAACUGGUUUUACUGGGCCCUUACUGCGGUGCCUCGGGGCGCAGCCUGAACGCCGAAACCAAAGAGCCCCCGCCCUGCGGGCCGGCCCCAUCCCAGUGCUCCCAGUGCCCCCCACCCCAAAUCCCAGUCUGUCAGGACUGCAAGCGCCCCCAGCCCUGCUCCAGGGGGGCAGUUCCCCGGGGGUGGGACGGGGGGUGCCUGUACAUAGUGUUCAUAGCUGUCUGUCUGUCUGUCUGUCUGUCCCUCCUGCCUGUGAGAGCACCAGCGGUGCCGCCCCCUCCCCUCAUUAAACCCUUUCUCAGGGGACUUUGUGUGUUUGUCACCGGGGGAUUCCGGCUCCAUCCUGUCCUGGGGAGGGGUGGACAGGACAUUCCUUGGUCCUCUGUGACCAAAACCCCCCUGGCAGCAUCUUCCCCACCCUCAAUCAGGGAUCCAAAGCUGUUCCCGAGGUGCUGCCGUGACCCAGAGCGAGCGAUACUGCAAUUAGUGCUUCAAAUAAUGCAAACGCCUUAAAAUAAUGCUAUUAAU